AUGAUGCAGUACAGAUCCCUGGCCCUGAACUUCCAUGGCAGGAAUUUCAGGCCCUAUUAUCCUCCACCAAACCUUCUCAGCAAUGGUCGCUGUGAUGUGUUCUUAAGCCACAGAGGCAUCGACACAAAAACAACUGUGGCCCCUCUUCUCUACGACAAUCUUCGCCGCCUAGGGUUUUCUCCUUUCUUGGACAACAAGACGCUGAAGCCUGGAGAUAAACUCUUUCACAAGAUUAAUAACGCCAUAUUUGAGUGCAAGGUCGGUGUCGCCGUCUUCUCUCCUCACUACUGUGAAUCCUUCUUCUGCCUUCAUGAGUUGGCGCUCAUGUUGGAGCGCCAGAAGAAGCUGAUUCCCAUCUUCUGCGACGUUAAGCCGUCGCAGUUGCGGGUUGUUGACACCAGAAAGUUGUCGGUGGGGCCGGAGCAGCUCCGGCGGUUCAAGUGGGCUCUUGAGGAGGCUAAGUACACCGUCGGUCUUACCUUCGACUCCUCCACAGGGAACUUUUCAGACAUUGUCAGUUGCGCUUCUGAUAUCAUCAUCAGCACAAUGAUGGAGCUAGACGAUGAAAACAAGCUGCCAAUGGCAGUUUGA